AUGGAUCAACCACUUGAUUUGACUCUAUCAAAUAAUGAAAUGAUUAAAAAAAAGAAAUUUACUAUUGAAUAUUUAACAUCAAAUAAUACUAAUGAAUAUGAAACAACAUUAUUAACUAAACAUAAUUCUUGUUUAACGUAUUUAAAUCCAUUAACUCCACCAUUACAUCCAUUGGAAAAUCAAUUAAAUCAUAAUUAUAAAUGUUUUUCUAUUAAUUCAGGAGUAAAUGAACAUAUCGUACCAAAUAUUCGUAGUCCACCAUCAACUAAUGGAACUUUAGAAAUGGUUAAUGGUGGACAUGGAAUUAAAAAUCCUUUAUUUGAUUGUGCAACAGAAGCAUUACAAAUUCAAUAUACUAAUGAACUGAAUCAUGGUGAAGAAUUUUUCUGUGGUUUAUGUACAAAAAAAUUUAAACUUCAACGACUAUUAAAUCGACAUUUAAAAAAUCAUAGUCAAAUAAAACGAUAUUUAUGUACAUUUUGUGGUAAAGGAUUUAAUGAUACUUUUGAUCUUAAACGACAUACAAGAACACAUACAGGUGUUCGUCCGUUUAAAUGUAAUCGUUGUGAAAAAGCUUUUACACAACGUUGUAGCCUUGAAUCUCAUCAACGAAAAGUUCAUGGAUUAGCUCAUAAAUUUGGUUAUAAAACUCGUCGAAAUAAAUUAUAUGUUUGUGAAGAUUGUGGACAUACAUCAACUGAUCCAACAGAACAUUAUGAACAUAUUAAAAUCUUACAUCCAUAUUCUACAUUAGUGCAUCGUCAAUAUGAUAGAAGACAAUUUAAAUUUGAUUCGAAUUCAUCAUCAACAUCAUCAUCCCAUAAUAAUACAAUAAUUAGUGCAUCCGAAAGAUCUGUUUUAUCACCAUUUAAAAUUGAAAUCGAUUCGGAUUAG